CCUUCCUCUACUCCAACUCCUCACUCUGAACCAUUCCUUUCCCAGCUUGGGAUAUGAGGAGUUCUCUGCAUUCGGACUAAAGUCCGAGCUCAGAGCCCUCUCCUUGGACACCACACCAAAUAUGCAUACUACUUGCUCAAUCUGAUUAUAUGUCUGGAUGCAGUGUUCACCGUUUCCCUACACUGAACGGGCUGUUAACUUGAAAUCCCCUGCAGCAUGAUCAAAUGCAGAUAACACUUGAGUCAUGCAGAAAAGGAGGAUUUCAGGGAACUAGGCAGUAACUGUCUUCGGCUUUGGGUGCAGCAGAUGGUCUCUCUAUCAUUGUCGGCCAGUAAAGUUUAGCUACCAUACUCUAAAUCAGUGGUUGUCAACCAGGAGGCCUCAGCAGACUUCCAAGAUUUGGCGUCAUUACAGGAGAGGAAACCAAUGGAAACAUCUGACCCCUGCGAUUGUUGUCUUUGACAACAGAGCACCUUGAAGUGACAAAGGUCUAAAACAUAAUUUUAAAGUAUGCGCUCAUGUUUGUUUACGCGUUAGUCACCAUCGAAAAAGACGCACAGCAAGACCGCUGAGUAAUUCAGUCAUACAGAGUAAUUGUGAACGUAAGGAGAAAGUCCACAGACGGUGUUGAGCUGGAGUGGAAUACGGUUAUCAGAGUCCCUCACUCACUCUCUCUCUUGCGCGCCCGCGGCUCUCAGAGGAAGUGCUGCUUGUGCUGAAGGAACGGCUGGGAGCGCAACACACAAGCACGCAGCGCGAGCAAGGACAGCACGCGCAAGGAGGUGCACCUGUAAUCCACGCUGCUCACUCGCCGAUGUGCGGAUAGUGUGAGAGCAUCCAGAAGAGAUAUUCUACACCACGCGCAUACCCAUGCUUGGGAUUUGGCUUUCUUUUUCUUCGCUAAUGCAAAAGGAAAUAUGCAGCGAAGCCUCACACUGCUCUGCACCAGUUUUCUGGGAUUGUGCCUCGGUUCCAGUUUCCCAAGUAAUAUCAACAUAGGAGGGUUAUUCCCAACCGAAUCACACGAAUAUGAAGUGUUUCGGUUUGCGCUCUCGCAUCACCAGGAUAUCCCUAAACUGGUACCUCAAGUGGAUAUGGUCAAAAUGGGGAAUAGCUUCUCCAUGACAUAUGCUUUCUGUUCGCAGUUCUCCAAAGGAGUGUACGCCAUCAUUGGCGUGUAUGACAGGAAGACUGUCAACAUGUUGAUGUCGUUCUGCGGUGCACUGCACGUCUGCUUUGUGACGCCCAGCUUCCCCAUGGAAAACUCCAACCAGUUUGUCAUCCAGCUGAGACCCGAACUGCAGGAUGCCCUGGUGGGCGUAAUCGAGCACUACAAGUGGUCCAAGUUCGUCUACAUGUACAGCUCGGAUUCUGGACUGUCAGUUCUGCAGAAGGUUCUGGACACAGCAGCGGAGCAUAACUGGCUGGUGACCUCUGUGAAUGUUGAGACAAUGACAGAAGCAUCCUUCCUCAAAGUGUUCCAGGACCUGGACAAAAGGAAGGAGGGCCAAAUCAUCAUCGACUGUGAGCUAGAGAGACUCACCUCCAUCCUGAAGAAGAUCAUCGAGUUGGGGAAGAACGUAAAGAGCUACCACUACAUACUAGCAAACCUGGCUUUCAAAUCUCAUCGACUUGACAGAGUUUAUCAGAAGGGUGAGGCGAAUGUAAAAACAGGCUUCCAGCUGGUUUCAACUGAACACCCAACAUAUAUAUCAUAUUUAAAUAUAAAAAUGAUAUGUCUCUCUGCAUUCUUUGUGCAGUACACUGGAGCUCUCACAUAUGAUGGAGUCAAAGUCAUGUCUACAGCCUUCCAGAACCUCCGUAGGCAGAGGAUAGAUAUAUCUCGCCGUGGAAAUGCUGGAGAAUGUCUGGCCAACCCACCAGCACCUUGGGGCCAAGGCAUCGAUAUUCAGAGAGCACUUCAGCAGGUUCGGAUUGAAGGCCUAACAGGACACAUUCAGUUUAACGAAAAAGGACGAAGGACAAACUACACUGUCAGUGUGAUGGAGCUCAGGCCGACAGGACCGAAAAAAGUGGGUUACUGGAAUGAGGAUGAGAAAUUUGUGAGCACGGCGGCCUACAUACCAGGCAGUAAUGACACUUACGGACUUCAGAACCGCACAUAUAUUGUUACCACCAUACUGGAAUCACCAUAUGUCAUGCUGAAAAAGAACCACGAGCAGUUUACAGGAAAUGAUAAGUAUGAAGGUUACUGUGUGGAACUGGCAGCUGAGAUAGCCAAACAUGUGGGAUACCACUACAUACUCAAGAUAGUGGCUGAUGGGAAAUAUGGUGCCAGAGAUCCUGAGACCAUGAUGUGGAAUGGGAUGGUGGGAGAGCUCGUCUAUGGUAAAGCUGAUGUAGCUGUGGCCCCACUGACCAUCACCCUGGUCAGGGAGGAAGUCAUUGAUUUCUCCAAGCCAUUCAUGAGCCUCGGCAUCUCCAUCAUGAUCAAAAAGCCCACCAAGUCCAAGCCUGGUGUGUUCUCCUUCCUGGACCCUUUGGCCUAUGAGAUCUGGAUGUGUAUUGUGUUCGCCUACAUCGGCGUGAGCGUGGUGCUUUUCCUAGUCAGCCGCUUCAGUCCCUACGAGUGGCAUGCAGAUGACUGCGAGGAAGGAGCAGAGCAGAACCCUAACCAACCCUCCUCGUCGUCCGCUCAACCGGGUCAGGGCCAGCAGAACCAGAACCAGCAGAGUCAGGAGCAGAACAACGAGUUUGGCAUCUUCAACAGUCUCUGGUUCUCAUUGGGAGCUUUCAUGCAGCAGGGCUGUGAUAUUUCCCCCAGGUCUCUCUCUGGCCGUAUCGUGGGUGGUGUGUGGUGGUUCUUCACUCUGAUCAUCAUCUCCUCAUACACAGCCAACCUAGCUGCUUUUCUCACAGUAGAGAGGAUGGUGUCACCCAUCGAAAGUGCAGAGGAUCUGGCCAAACAGACAGAGAUUGCUUAUGGCACUCUAGAUGCUGGCUCUACCAAAGAGUUCUUCAGGAGAUCAAAGAUUGCUGUCUUUGAGAAGAUGUGGUCUUAUAUGAAGUCUGCAGACCCCUCAGUGUUUGUGAAAACCACAGAUGAAGGAGUUAUACGGGUGAGGAAAUCCAAAGGGAAGUAUGCCUACCUGCUGGAAUCCACCAUGAACGAGUACAUCGAGCAGCGCAAACCCUGUGACACUAUGAAGGUCGGAGGAAACCUGGACUCUAAAGGCUACGGCAUCGCUACCCCCAAAGGAUCCCCUCUCAGAAACCCAGUAAACCUGGCAGUGUUAAAACUGAAUGAACAAGGCCUGUUGGACAAAUUGAAAAACAAAUGGUGGUACGACAAGGGAGAGUGUGGCAGCGGAGGAGGUGAUUCCAAGGACAAGACCAGUGCUCUUAGCCUCAGCAAUGUGGCUGGGGUUUUCUACAUUCUGAUCGGCGGUCUGGGUCUGGCCAUGCUGGUGGCCCUGGUGGAGUUCUGCUACAAGUCCAGAACAGAGUCCCACAGAAUGAAGCAAUCCAUCAAUGAUGCCAUGCGCUGCUCCACGCUGACCAGGAUGAGCGGGAACGGUAGCGGCGGGGAGAACGGGCGGAUUGUCACACAUGACUUCCCCAAAGCUGUGCAGACACUGCCGUGCAUGAGCCACGCAGCCAGCAUGGGCCUGGGAGCCUCUGGCAUGUGACCAUCUUGACGGAGCGUCACGCGUCACAUGUAACGCACGGACCUCCCGUUCACCUGCCGUCUGCCCCUAUGUCUGUCUGCCCGCCCGCAACAGACACACCGUACUGCCAAAAUGCACUCGAAGACUCUUCUCAGUGAAUAGCCACCAAUAAAACUCUUUUCUAAAGAAAAACAAAACAUCAAAAAAAAGUGCUGCAAUAACAAGCCUGUGGGACUCUUUGGGAAAAAUAGUGUUCGUUUAUGUCAUGAAUACAGAAAACAAAAAAGAGAAGUCUUGUGUCCGAUUCGACACUCGCGCUGUGCCAAUAUUAUAAACCUGUUUACUUCUGUCUGAGUGUGCAAUAUUUUAGUUCAUAUCAGUGUUCAGCAAUGUUGUCUUUAACUUGAAUUUCUUUACAAAGAUUAGCUCACAGAGAUGUUUUUUUUUUUUUUGCACAAAUAUGUUCUAUGAAAUGAAAAAAGCAAGUUCAUUUUCCUUAUACUUACUAGAAAAGAGUUAGAGUAAGCUAACGAGCGAGAUCUUACGCAUUUACCGUAUAUGGAUCCAGUGCCCCGUAAACAACAUUGCUUAUUUCUCUCGGCCACUCUGCGUAUUGAACAAACAUAUCAGCUCAUUUAAUGACCUGUCCAUAGUGUAAAUACUCCGAUGUAAAUCUUAAACCGAGUGAGGGAGAAAUUUCAUUUGUUGUCGAUCGGUAGAGCAUAGCGGAACCGAACUUGUUGAUUAUCUUGCUCUGUGAUUUCCCACCUCAUGGACCUUGCAUAGCUGCUACGCCUCGUUUCAGGCACCAUACCUCAUCAGAGACCUGGAAGCGAGCCGCCACAUGUUUUGAUUGCCACAUCAUUGGGAGCUCUCCUAGGACGGAGUUAAAUUUGACCUCAGUUAUGGGCAAAUGUGCUUUAAUGAGCUAGUGUGUCCCCAAUGCAAACUAUCGGUUCUCGUUAAUGUGAAGCCACUGAGAAUACAUUAAGAAAAGUUCAUUUAAAUGGUGUUGCUGUAACAAAAAGG